AUGCGGCAAGAGCUCAAUGGGCUUCGUGCGACCAUCAUCGAUUGGUCCGAAGCAGAAGAGCGGUGGCGGGUGCUCCUGGAAGACAGCACGGGGAAGAUGCUUCGGACGGAGCAUUUGGUGCUGGUUCGGCGAGCGCGAGAACCUUCGCCGCCGCCGCCAGCGGGCAUUUGGACGCCCCAGUGGAAGGCUCCGGGAGGGUACGCCAUUUCCUUAGCGCCCGGUGACCGUGUCCGGGUAAAGCUGCAGGAGGCACCUCUCCUGGAAGAUCGCGAAGGUGUGAUCGUCCGAUGGGAGCCCGAUCUCAACAAGUGGAAGGUCCGGUUCAGCAACGGCAGCUGCGAGCUGCUGGCACAGACCAGCCUAGAGCCCAUGGAGGAUUGGAACGUUCCAGGGCCGACCCAGGGGUCGACUGUGAGGCGGCAACCUCCCGCAGAGGAAGAAGCGCCCUGUUUCGGCGCUGACGCGCGGGUCGUUGUGCAAGGACUGCAGGUUCGGCCCGACCUCAACGGCAAGCUCGGUAGCGUGGUGACCUGGGACACAGCAGAGCACCGGUACAAGGUGCAGCUGGACGAUGGCACCGGUAAGAUGCUACGGCCGGCAAAUCUGCGACUGGCAACGGUGCAAGACGACCCUCGCCUCGGCGCACCCGAAGUCAGCGGUCGGGGACAUGGCGGCCCUCACAGAUGGAAGGACGGAGCUCCAAGUGGCGACGUCAGGGGAUCUGGCGACGGGCUGGUUAUCGGUCAGAGAGUGCGAGUUCGCGGCCUUAUCGAGCGCAGCGAACUCAAUGGACGCCUCGGCGAAGUCGCCGGCUGGGAUGAUGUUGAGGAAAGAUGGAAGGCUCCUUUGUGA